AAAGGCGUGCAGGGUCUGUCCAGGUUCCGUCUCUCUUUGUCUCCCUCCUCUCCAACGAGGGAAGUCAUAGCUAUAUGGAAGACUGCUGUGCUGUGUGCGCCGAAACCCUCGAGUGGGUCGCCUAUGGAUCAUGCGGCCACCGCGAGCUCUGCUCAACCUGCGUUGUACGCCUCCGCUUUAUUCUUGGCGACCGCCACUGCUGCAUAUGCAAAACGGAUUGCCCCACCGUCUUCGUAACCAAGGCUUUGGGGAAUUUCACGGAGGCAAAAUCGGAUUUUUCAGAAUUCCCAUCUGGUGUUAGUGAAGGCCAGCAUGGUAAAUACUGGUACCAUGAGGUCUCUCAGGCAUAUUUUGAUGAUGUGGACCAUUACAGAAUCAUAAGAGCAAUGUGCAAGCUUUCUUGUAGUAUUUGUGAUAAUAAUGAAUCUGGUCAAAAGAGUGAUGGCAGUAACAGAAGGAACAAAUUUCGGAGUAUAGAGCAGUUGAAAGGUCAUCUCUUCCAUCAGCACAAGUUGUUCAUGUGCAGCUUAUGUCUGGAAGGUAGAAAGGUAUUUAUUUCUGAGCAAAAGCUUUACAAUAGAUCACAGCUGAGACAACACAUAAGCAGUGGUGAUUCGGAGGUUGAUGGAAAUGAGAGUGAACGUGGCGGCUUUGCGGGGCAUCCCGUAUGUGAAUUUUGUAGAAAUCCUUUUUAUGGGGAUACUGAACUUUACAUGCACAUGUCUACCGAACAUUACAUAUGCCACAUCUGCCAAAGGCAACACCCUGGUCAAUAUGAUUACUAUAGAAACUAUGAUGACUUGGAGGUGCAUUUCCGCCAAGAGCAUUUUCUAUGUGAGCAUGAAGCAUGUUUGGCAAAGAAAUUUGUUGUCUUUCAAUCUGAAGCUGAGAUGAAGAGGCACAAUGCUAUUGAGCAUGGUGGUCAUCUGUCUCGCUCCAAAAGGAAUGCAGCUCUUCAGAUACCUGUUAGCUUCAGAUAUCGAGGGAGUGCUGCACAAAACCAAGGACGAGGAAGAUGGCGUGGUUUUCAUGCUGCACCAAGUCAAUCAACUAUCCAUGGUGGUUUAGAGAUGGCAGAUGCGGAUGGAAGGUUGUAUGAGCCAUCUUCUGGUAAUGGUAUAACAAAUAGUGAACGUGGAGAAGCUAAUCAAUAUGAUAUGAUCGCAAGUUCUGUGGAAUCACUAGCUAUCAGUUCACACUCUGAAGAAAUAUCCUCAAUGUCUGAUGCAAACAACACCCAGAGUUAUGGGAGUACGCCUGCUGCGGAAGAAAUUUCCUUUCCUCCCAUCUCUAAUUUUGAGCCUCCUGAGCUAUCAUCUUCCAGGUACGUGCAGGUUCUUAAUCAAGGGAGCUCUGCCAGACUUGGUGAAGCAUCAUUUCCUCCCCUUCCAGGAGUGAAGGACAGCGUUAAACCAAUUAUAGCACCUGUAUCAGAGGGCUUAGCUGCAAAUACUAUUGCAGCUCGUCUUAAGCUUCAUAACAAGGGUUCUGUGAAAGUUUUGCACUCUGCGCGACUGAAGGCAUCACAAAAUUAUGCUCAUGGUCCCUCCAGUUCAGUGACUUCUUUGGAGAUGAGGCCACAGACAAGAAGCCAUGGUCCUGCAACAUCAACUUCAAAUUCUAUAACUGGGGAUACAGCAAACCAGGUAGUUCCACCGAUUAGUUCUGCAAGUCCUCAGGCUUCAACAACAAGAGGAAAUGGCUUUGCGGCUUCUGCCUCUAUUCCUAUCAGUUCUGUAUGGAAUUCACGAAACUUGAACAGAGUGAGGCAUUCUGCAUCAGCUACUGCUCUAAGCACAACUAAUCCUUCAAAUACUCCUCUAUCCAAUAAGACUUCUUCCGCCACUUUAAACCAGGAAUUACCCACUAGCAUUGAAUCCUUGCAACAUGUGCAGAAUGUUCAAACAGCAAACAAGUCUUUAGUAGAAAGUAUUCGUGCUGGCCUGGGAAUGGAUGAGGAAAAAUAUGCUGCAUUUAAAACCAUUUCCACUGAAUAUCGCCAGGACAAAAUAGACUCUUGGGAAUAUCUCUCUUAUGUUGAGCAGUUUGGCCUUUCACAUCUUGUUCUCGAAUUGGCUCAGCUCUGCCCCGAUUCACGGAAGCAGCAGCUGUUGAUUGACGCUUACAAUGCAAAUCUAUGCAAUAAUGGUCUGCAAGAAAACAACAGAGGUAAGACUGUUAUAUCAAAUAAGGAUGGGAAGAAACCAAAGGGAAAGGGCAAAGCUGUUGAUCUUGUAAUUACUCCUGCUAAAGAUGCAUUGGCUGAUAACACUUUAGACCAGGAGGUAGGAGUUUUAUCGAAAGAUGGUUAUAACAAUGCAAAGGAUCAAGAUCUCUCUUCAGGCUCUAUUAUGAUUGUAGAUUAUUCAAGUAGCGAAAGAAAAACUAUUACCACUACGAACUCUGAUGGUGAAGGUGGUAAGAAAAAUCGCAAGAUAAAGUUUCAUAGAUUACCUUUAGGCAAUGGUAAUGCGCAUUGGAACCCUGAGAGAACCAUUGAGGAACAUUGUUCCAAUGAAGGCGAGAGGUUACAUGUACGAGGUGUUUGGCAUAAUGGCGGUGGAAAGAGACUUUUUUCUCAGAGCCAUGCUUAAAUUGAUUCUUCUUUUCGGUAAACUUUUGGUCCUAAUAGGCUGUGCAGUAAUUUUGGUCUGAGAGCCUGCUCAAAUCACAAUGAGCCCAAUUUGUGUAUACAGAAGGGCCCAAGAAACUUAAAUGAAGCGUUAGUGAAGCUUUUUGAGACUAAGUAUUUGCCCGAGCCCAGAAUUAGCUUGCGGUAAUAUAUGGUUCUUGUAUUUUUGAGACUUCGUAUCUUUUAUUUAUAUGUAAUAUUUGAUUGCUGUCACACUCAUUGCUCUUCCUAAUUUAUAAGAAGCAAUGGACAGGGUGAUAUUUAUUUAGGCUUUGUUUGAGUUAAUUUAAUUUUAAUUGAAAUA